ACUUUUCUUAAUAUCGUUUAGUUUUACGGAAAGCUUCUUCUUCUUCCAUUGCAUUGACAAUGGCGUCUUCACAUUUGAUUCGGUUCUCUGUGCUUGUUUUUGUUCUUCUUUCUGCUUCUUUCACUGAGAUCUACGCGGACAAGGCUGAGGCGAAGGAAUUUGUUCUCACUUUGGACCAUUCGAACUUCUCGGAUGUUGUUGCCAAGCAUGAUUUCAUUGUCGUUGAGUUCUACGCCCCGUGGUGUGGACAUUGUAUGAAAUUGGCACCAGAGUAUGAAAAAGCUGCGUCUAUUUUGAGCAGUCACGACCCGCCAAUUGUUUUAGCCAAAAUUGAUGUAAACGAAGAGUCAAACAGAGGGCUGGCUAGUCAAUUUGAAAUUAGGGGAUUCCCCACUAUUAAGAUAUUGAGAAAUGGGGGCAAAUCGAGUCAGGAUUACAAGGGACCUCGCGAAGCAGAUGGGAUUGUUGACUACUUAAAGCAGCAAAAUGGGCCUGCAUCUGCUGAAAUAAAAUCUGCUGAGGAUGCUAGUAAUCUCAUUAAGGACGUUUUCAUCGUUGGAAUAUUUCCUAAACUUUCUGGAGAAGAGUUCGAUACCUACAUUGCUUUGGCUGAGAAGUUGCGUUCUGACUAUGCUUUUGGCCACACUUUGGAUGCUAAGCUACUUCCACGUGGAGAAACAUCUGUAUCUGGCCCAAUUGUCAGGCUUUUCAAGCCAUUCGAUGAGCUAUUUGUGGAUUUUAAGGAUUUUGAUGUAGCUAAGUUGGAGAAGUUCAUUGAAGAAUCUAGCAUUCCCUUGGUAACGGUUUUCGAUAAUGAUCCUAACAAUCACGUCUACCUUUCCAAGUUCUUCUCCAGUUCUAAUGAUAAGGCUAUGUUGUUUCUGAAUUACACCACCGAGGCUGCUGAAUCUUUAAAAUUGAAGUACCGUGAAGUUGCUGAGCAGUACAAAGGAGAGGGAAUAAGUUUCCUAAUUGGAGACAGUCAAUCCAGUGAAGCUGCCCUAAAAUAUUUUCGACUCAAGGAAGAUCAAGUCCCUAUCAUUCUUGUGCAAAGAAAUGAUAGGUUCAAGUACGUGAAAUUCAAUGUAGAGCCUGAACAGAUUGCUCCUUGGUUGAAGGACUACAAGAACGGCAAUGUGCCACAAUACAUUAAGUCAGAACCCAUUCCUGAGAGUAACGAUGAACCUGUGAAAGUGGUCGUUGCUGAUAGCCUUCAGGAUGUAGUCUACAAAUCUGGUAAAAAUGUUUUACUGGAAUUUUAUUCUCCAUGGUGCGGUCACUGCAAAAAACUUGCUCCAAUUUUAGAGGAAGUGGCUGUCUCAUAUGAAAGCGAUCCUGAUGUUGUCAUUGCUAAGUUUGAUGCCAGCGCGAAUGACAUCGCAAAUGGUGAGUUCGAGGUCGAAGGUUACCCGACUGUGUAUCUCAGGACAGCAAGCGGAAAGCUGGUUGACUACAACGGCGAUAGAACAAAGGAAGACAUCAUAAAUUUCAUUGAGAUAAAUCGUGAUAAAACCGAGCAGGUAGAUUCAGAACCCAAGGACACCGAGGCUGAUUCGAAACCCAAGGACUCAAAACCAGCCAAGGAUGAGCUCUAAAAAUGGAAGAGAGCUUUUUGUUGAUGGAGGAGUGCAGAUCUCAAGAUCUUCUGGGGGCAGGCGGCUUGAGAGCUUUGGUUGUUUGGCAUGUUUUGGCAGCUGCGAUUCCUAUAGAAGUUGACAACAUAAUAGUAUCAUCACCACCACAGAGCAUGUGAUCGCCUUUUCAAUUCUCUCUAUAGAAGUUGACAAGAAAUAAACCAAACAAUAAUAUGCGACGCAAGCUCUUUGCUUUUGGAGUAGCUCUUAGUUCUACAGUAUUAUCCCUGUUAUCCUUACUACACUUUUAACCCUUAUGUGAUCAUAUCAACAUUUUACUAUUUUUAAUUUACCGGCUGAGUUUAGCGCUUUCA